AUGGAAGUUCCUAUCGAGACACGAAAACCAUCGAAGAUUGGCUUAUUUUUUAUUGCCGCUACAGCUGGUUUCUCUCAGGCGGGAUUGUGUUUUCCAUUUAUCAGUCCUGCAUUUCGUAAGAUAUGUUUACCGUAUGUGCCAGCUACGCGUCAACAAAUAAAGAAUGUUAUUCGAGCGUUAAACGGCCGCUCUGGUUCCUUGAUUGAUCUCGGCAGUGGCGAUGGACGUAUUGUUCUCACAGCGGCAAAACGUGGCUUUAAAGCCUAUGGUAUUGAGUUAAAUACCUGGCUAGUAUGGUAUUCGAGGCUUCAAGCACUGAUUAACGGUCUGUCGAGCAACACUGUGUUUCACAAACAAGAUUUAUGGAAACAUCACCUAGGAAAAUAUGAUAAUGUCGUUAUAUUUGGAGUAGAUCAAAUGAUGGAAGAUAUUGAAAAAAAGUUUAAAAAUGAAUUGCGCAAGGAUUCCCUCGUAAUCGCAUGUAGAUUUCCUCUUCCUAACACGCAUCCUGUUAUGACGAUUGGACAUGGAGUUGACACCAUUUGGGUUUACAAGAUACCUCAGAGUUGAAUUUAAGGUAACAAAGGAUAUAUGGAUUGAAUAAAUUAUAGUACAAAAUAAUUGUUGUAUAUUUAAUACUAUUAUGUGUUUAUUAAAGUACAUAAAAUGUACAACAUUAACAAUCUUUGUAUUUACAGUAAGAAAAUAAAUCUGUAUUAUUCCUAGA